AUGUCCCGCCUUCUCCAGGUCGCCCUUUGCGCCUUGCCCUUCGUGGGCUCUCUCGUCUCCGCUGAAGACGUCCUCCACAGUCGCCGUCUUAACAAGCGCUUCAUCGACGACGAGGGUCACUACAACAUCUCCUUCUACCACAUCAACGAUGUUCAUGCCCACCUGGACCAGUUCUCUUCUUCUGGCACCGACUGCACCGAUCCUUCUCGUGGCUGCUAUGGAGGAUAUUCUCGCGUCAAGCACGUCGUUGACCAGACUAGGCCCGACCAUCCCGACAGUCUCUUCCUCAAUUGCGGUGACGAGUUCCAGGGCACGUUGUUCUACUCGUACUACGGAGGAGAGAAGAUUGCCGAGACCCUCAACCAGCUGGGUUUCGAUGGCAUGACUCUUGGAAACCAUGAGUUUGACGGAGGCGAUGACAAGCUCGGCGCUUUCCUCGAGAACCUGACCUUCCCCAUCAUCUCGGCCAACAUCCAGAGCUCCCACCCGGUACUCAACAAAACCAUCAAGCCGUUCCACAUCUAUGAGCAGUAUGACCUGGCCGUCAUUGGUGUCACGACCGAGACCACCCCAGGCAUCUCACGCCCUAGCAACCUGACAACCUUCAGCGACUCAAUCAAGGCUGUCCAGGACACCAUCGACCACAUCCGUGCAACCACCGAUAUCAAGCGCAUUGCCGCCCUCACCCACAUUGGGUACGAGGAGGACAAGCGUUUGGCGGAGCAGACCACGGGCCUGCACCUCAUCAUGGGCGGUCACAGCCACACCCUCGUUGGAGACAUGGCAGGAGCCGAGGGCCCUUACCCUACCAUCGCCACCAACCUCGAUGGCGAGGAAGUGUUUGUUGUCACCGCCUACCGCUGGGGUGAGUACCUGGGCUACAUUGACGUCACGUACGACUCGGAGGGCAAGAUCCUGGCCUACCACGGAGCUCCCAUCCACCUUACAAACCAGACGGAGCAAGACCCCGAGCUGCAGGCUCAGGUCAACGCCUGGAGGGCUCCUUUUGCCGAGUUUGCUAGUGAGGUUGUUGGCUUCACCAACGUCGAGCUCGAUCAGACCGCCUGCCGUACCAGCGAGUGUCUCUUGGGAGAUCUCAUGGCCGAUGCCAUGGUUGCCUACCGCAAGGCAGUCAACCCUGACAUCGAUUUUGCCUUGAUCAACGGCGGUGGUGUCCGUGCCACUAUCCCUGCUGGUAACAUUACCCGCGGCGGCGUUCUUACCUCGUUCCCCUUUGGCAACACCAUCGUCGAUUUGACCAUCACCGCCUCAGACCUGUGGCUCAUCCUCGAAGGUCUCGUGUCGGGCGUCAACCAGUUCAACCAAAAGGCCGUGACAUCCUACCCGCAGGUGUCCAAGGAGAUCAACAUUGUCUACGAUCCCACCGGCACCGUCGGCAACCGCCUUCGCAAGGUCACCAUCAACGGCGAGCCCCUGACCAAAAACGACACCUCGGGCAAGGUGUACACCGUCGUCACUCUGGACUUCCUGGCCGGUGGUGGCGACAACUUCUUUGUUGCCAGCUCAGGUUUUGCUACUUUGGAUGCUCAGGAUGUGGUGCUUCUGGAGUACCUGCGCAACAACAACCCCAUCGACAUCAAGCUCGAUGGUAGGAUACGCACUGGAUCUUGUGCGGCCAAGAGGCGGGUGAAGCGUGCUGCUGCUUUGUAG